AUGUCCGCAUUAUUUCGCUCUUCGGACGGAGUCGAAUUUGAUCUACAUCGCACCUUGCUUGGAGCGAACACAGGCGCUUUCCCCGGACCCGAGCUUGAAACCGACGGACAAGUCGUAGAGUUGAGCGAGCCCGCCAAGGUGCUGCAGAUAUGCUUCGACUUUAUUUACCCAAAGAGACAUCCCGACCUUGAAGACAUCACCAGCUUUGAACUCCUGGCAUCCGUCGCAGAAGCCGUAGGGAAAUAUGAAAUCUUUGCAGCUAUAAAUACUUGCAACACGCGACUCAGAUCGUUUAUUCCACAAUACGCGACCGAAAUAUUUGUCUAUGCUAUCAAGCAUGAUCAUCCAAAGCUCAUGAACGAUGCUGUUCCUUAUCUCGCCCGCUCUCCGUUUGUCCCGGUGCUCAAGCAAAUUCCUCCCGCAUACAUGGUACCUUGGUCCCGCUACCAUGACGCUUGGCUCGCGGUGUUCAGGGAAGCAACAAAGCAUAUAAAAAAGAUACUUCCCUCGUCAACAAACCAGUGUCAUGUGGCGACUUCAUCUAGUUUUUCAUCCAGCUUUUCUAUGUUGCCUGACCAAAUCUGCAAUGCAUGCCGGUGCUCAUUGUUCACCUGGGUUUCAAACUUGGAAGAGAUCAACAAUGUCACUGUUCUCAAUACCGCCCUUCGAAAUGCGUCAGAAAAGAAUAUUGGAUUACCAUGCUGUGCUGUUUCCGAUGGGAGUCGUGGAAUGCAAUUAGGAUCCCCUCAGCUCAUAUCUUUUGCACCUAGUAAACCGGACCACGCAAAGUGCACUCACAUAGUCAAGCUGGCGAAAAUCUGUCAAGACCUGAUUCAAGCAAUUCCUUCUUUCGACGCUUUCAUCGGCCAAAAUUGA